GUGAGCAUGUUCUGCACUAAAUGAUGUUCUGUCGUACAGUACAUAUGUGAAAAUGAACGUUUAAGCUAAUUUCUUACUGUGUCUGCAUGUGCUGAAUCACCACAACACAUCUGCAUCUUCCUGUAACUUCAUUAAUUACUGCUGCUGACUGUACUGUUUGAAACAGACCAGAGACAAAAGCCCAGAGAAAACAUCUCAGAACAGAUAGAUGAAAGGAAUAUCCCAAAGAGAUAUUGUUCUUUGGACAUUACAGGGAAUUACUUUCAGUCAUCAUAUUUCUGUUUGUGCAGCCAUACAAACAAGCAUUCGGUCACUAUCAUGCUAGGAGAAGCUUCCCUUUAUGUUUUGAACUGCACAGAAGAAGCCACAAAUCAUGACGGAUACAAUCGUGCACGCUCAUCUCCUUCUGUUACCUGUCCUGACGCAACAAACGCCACUGCCAGACCAGCUCUGACACCCCGAACUGUGAGAGCUGGCAGACCUGAAAGCCUGAAGAACGCAGGACAGUGCCGCGCCUCUGCUCCCAGUAAAGCCAUGCCCAUUCACAGCUGUGACAGGGAGGAUCGCCUAGGCAUGUCAGUGUAUUGCUCCUGGUGCUGUCCCAGCAUCUACAAGGACUAUCCGGAUCUUCGGCUUGGUGGUGACCGACUGGAGCCCUGGAGUCCUCAAAACCCAGACCCAGCAGAUGACGGGCCGCUGCUUCAGUCUCAGGACCUGAGCUCUCUGGAGCCCUCUCUGAAGCCAAGCCAACAGGCUGUGACCCAACAAGACGAGGAGUAUCUAGUCAUGGAAUCCGCUCACAGCCCUGACUGGCAGAAAAGGCUGACCAACUCCAUGCUGAAUGGAUAUCUAGAGGUCCAAAUGCUGGAAGUGUUCUGUCAGCACAUGCAAAACAUGGCGUGCUGUGGCUCAUCCCUACUGGGCCCAGACGUUAUGCCAACAUUAGUGCCCACGGUAGCAGACAAAGAGCAGACAACCAGUCGGGCAGAGGAGCUGGAUUCUUCAUCCAGUAAUGUUGUGCGUUACUUGAGCACUUGUUCAGCUCCAGCCACCUCUCACUUCAGCUCACCUGUGCUGCGAAUCUCAGAAGCGGAGUAACACACACAAAAUGUUCUAUGCUGCACGCCUGUAUUUUGACCAUCGCAUUAAUAUUUCAAGUUAUCUCUGUUGCCAAAGUAAUGUUCUGCAUUCAGUGCUGACAGCAUUCGCAGCAUGUUGAAUAGGCAUGGGCCUUGGAUAAAAUUAUCACGGUUUUGUGAUUAAAACAUUUUCUUUUUAAAUGUAAGGGUAAAAAACUAAAACUUUUUCCCCUUUGAACACAAAGUAUUUUAUUUUGAGAAACUUUUUUUUAAAGAAUUUUGGAGCAUUAAACAUGUCAGGCUAAAUAAUUCACAUGAAUCAUUGACUUUUGCUGUUUCAAUAACACAGACUUUUUAACGAUUUAAAACAGCCUCUUUAGAUAUGUUUUCUGCUGGAGACACUGUUUUGCUUAAAAAAACAAACUAAAAAGUAAAUAAAAAAUUUUCCACACACCUUAGAAACGGUAUAGCAGAAAACUUUUGGCUUUUUUAAGACACUGAAAUAUACCUCGAGACACCUUGAAAAUGGUUGUCGUCCAAUGCCUAAUGUUGAUUACCAGUGAAAAGUGUUGACUCAUGCCAGCAUGUUUUAUAGAGGCUGCAAUUAUUUAAUCAUUUGAUAAUCCAGUAAAAACAGCUAAUCCUAUGAAGCAUUACUUCAAUUUAAAAAAGUAAACACUUAAUUGUAGUAACUUGAGAACUUUAUUUCUAAUUAUCAAAUUAUGUAUACAUUUUAAAAACAUAUUAAAAGUAUUAAAGAGCCCUUGUUAUGCAUUAUAAAAGAUCAUUUUUUGGUUUUGGGGGUCUCCAACAACAUGCUGAUAUGCGUGCAUGGUCAAGAACAUUGUCAUUGUCUGAUAUUAUGCAUUUAUUUUUACCUGAUUAUCCCAACAACUCCCAUAUCAUUUAUUCAGCAAUUCAUUUGUUCCCAAACCCCUCCUUAGCGUGAAACUAAUCUGCGCUGAUUGGUCUGAUGACCCAGUCUGUUGUGAUUGGUCAACUGCGUUCAGCAUGAGACAGAGAGAAAUGCGCGCCACAGCUAUGAAGUAGCACACAGAGUAUGUCAGAGCCCAAUGCAGGAAUGCAGUAAAGUAAUGCAGUUAGACACCAGCAUAUUACUCUACUCUUAAACCUAGCUCC